GGAGCUAGUAAUCCGGACUAUUUCCCUCUCGACGAUGAAGCUUAUCCUCCAUCAUCUCACUUGAGGUCAUAUCUAGUAUCCCCUGUUAUUUUGAGGCCAUAUUUAGUAUUCAGAAUUUGCCUCGAUUUGCUCGCAACCCCAUCGAAAUAGUGCUUUACCCCUAGAUAUCGACGACGGAACGAAGAACAAAACUUUACGAUAGCUUUGCCGUAGACGUUCACUUGUAUCACAUCAUCUUCAACCAACCUCCACACGAGAUAGUUUCUUUAACUCUUGAAGUAUGUUGUGCAGCUCCAAUUGCUUAAACCCAGCUGAAACUAUGAGGCUUAUUGUCUCCAUAUGUUGCGGUGUCAUUUUUGGCUUAUUCAUUGGAAUUUCAUUUCCUGCUGGUUCAUUAACCAAGCUAAAUAUUACAACCAGUAUGUUUGUGAGCAACUUCCCAAUUGCUAGAGACAGAAAUAACAUUGAUUCUUCGAUCAAAAAUCAGAAUGGUACAGAUAAAGUGAAGAUUUGGGUUGAAUCAAACCCAAGAGGGGCAGAAAGAUUACCUCCAGAGAUCAUUGCUUCUGAGUCCGACUACUAUACCCGGAGAUUGUGGGGAAAACCCAAUGAGGACCUACCACCCAGCAAGCCAAAAUAUCUGGUAACAUUUACUGUUGGUAUUAAUCAGAAGUAUAAUGUUGAUGCUAAUGUAAAAAAGUUCUCAGACGACUUUACAAUUCUUCUUUUUCACUAUGAUGGUAAGACGACUGAAUGGGAUGAAUUCGAGUGGUCAAAACGAGCCAUCCAUGUGAGUGCUCGGAAACAAACAAAAUGGUGGUAUGCAAAAAGGUUUCUGCAUCCAGACAUUGUCGCCCCAUAUGACUAUAUUUUUAUCUGGGAUGAAGACCUAGGAGUUGAGCAUUUUGAUGCCAAGGAGUACAUUAGACUUGUCAAGAAGCAUGGUUUGGAAAUUUCACAGCCAGGUUUAGAUCCCAAGAAAGGAACAACAUGGCAAAUGACAAAGAGAAGAGGUGAUGGUGAAAUUCACAUGAUAGCAGAAGAGAAACCUGGUGUGUGUCCAGACUCCCAUUUGCCUCCAUGUUCAGCAUUCAUAGAGAUCAUGGCUCCUGUCUUUUCCCGAGAUGCAUGGCGUUGUGUGUGGCAUAUGAUUCAGAAUGACUUGAUCCAUGGUUGGGGACUUGACUUUGCACUUCAUAAAUGUGUUGAGCCUGCUCAUGAGAAAAUUGGAGUUGUAGAUGCUCAAUGGAUUGUUCAUCAAAGUGUCCCUUCCCUUGGAAAUCAGGGGCAAUCAAAAGAUGGGAAGGCUGCAUGGAAAGGGGUGAGGGAGAGAUGUGAAAAUGAAUGGGCAAUGUUUCAAUCAAGGGUAGCAAAUGCAGAGAAAGCCUAUUUCAAGUCAAAAGGAAUUGAUCCUUCCAAUUUCAAGUCAAAAACCAUUGAUCCUUCUAAUUUCACAUCUCAUUGAGUUAACUUAUAGUCAAGUUGAUGGUUAUACAUACUCUUGGCAAUUUUGCCUAGGAUUAUAGGUGAUUCAUCUUGUAAAAUAAAUAGUCAAUAGUUCUUAAGAUACAUCAAAAUUUUAAAGUGAAGAAUAUUAUAGAGACUC